CGAAAUUAAAAACCGGCAACGGACGAAGCGUCUAUUGCACCUGCAUCGAUGACCUGGUACCAGGCGAAACGGUCGACGUGCCGAGUGUGUACGUACUGCCCAGUGACUGUGAACGCGUUUUUCCCGUCAUCUCGCGGCACGACAAUACACAGCCUUACAAUGCAGUCGUUGGCCAACAAUUCUCGGAGCAAAAAAGGAGUCACAGCGUUGUAUCAUCCUCGCUACGCUCCAGACUUGGCUCCAGUACACUAUUUUCUGCUCGCCCGGCUUAAAUUAAGGCUGAAAGGCAGACACUUUACGAACGCUGCCGAAAUUCAACAAACCAUGAAGACGGUUCUCAUUGCGAUCACGCUCCACGUGUUUUCCGCAGCCAUUAAUAUACCCCGUGAUUAACGCUUUGUACCAAUAACCAAGCCAAGACGCUGUGAACUAUGAGUAAUUAAUUUCCUCGAGGGAUCUCUAUUUAUGUCGAAAUUGAUCGUGAAAUUUCUUUUAUCGCAAAGGAUUCGUGCGAACGGUACACGCGAAGUUAAUGGAAUUCGAAUUAGCAUUGCAAAGUAACUCAAUAUAUUUUCUUAUCCAAUCGCAUUUAACAAGAUUAACCUGUUUACAGAUUUAUUUACGAAAGAUGGUUGUAU